AUGGAUCAACUCAAAGUUGGCGACUUCAUUCUCACAGCUAAUCAGACAGGGGCGUAUUUCACCCCGAUGUCGUUGUGGAUUCAUCGUGAGCCGGAUGUGAUAACCAAAUUCGUCACAAUUAUGACCGACUACGGCAAAAUGCUAGCACUUACACCUCGACAUUUGAUAUUCCGGAACAAAUGCGGAGAGUAUUAUUCGGAUCGAGUCGAAGCGCUCCCACCGAACAGUCAAGCUGUCUAUGCAGAAGAGCUCGAAGUUGGCGACUGCGUCUUCCUCCUCUACAGG